UGCUUCCAUACACGCCCCCUCUUGCUUUGCCAGCAGCUAUGAUAAACUUCGCACAAAGGCAGAGGCAGCAGCGGGACAGGCAGGAGGCAGAUGCUGUGAUUUUGAUGGGCUCUCCUUUCUUUCCAGCAACAGAGAACUCCCCAGUGCUGCCAGCAGGCAAAGCCUAGACAGUUUAUUCCAUUUCUCUGCAAAUUUGUGAAAAUCAUCUCUACUAGCUAAGAAUAUGAACACAAAGGCACAGUUGUUUGGGGAUGCAUGGAAAAGGCUAGCCAUUAUACUGGGCUCGGGUCUGCUCAUGUUCAUUGCUUUCAGGAAUUCGGUCACAUGGCACCUGCAGAAAUUCUGGGGCAUCUCUGGCUCCUUCUGGCAGACCCAGUGGGAAAACACCUACCACUUUCUAGGAGGAAACGAAUGGGUGAUUUUCUUACUAGCCACCUCGAUAGUUCCUGGGCUUGCUUUCUGGGGCUUCAAUGGAAUCUUGAUGGUAGCAGAUCUGACUGGGAAGCCAAAUUUCAUCACACGAUACCGAAUUCAGUUGGGGAAGAACGAUCCCGUUGACCGAGAAAAACUACUCCACGCCAUCCGCACGGUCCUGUUCAAUCAACUUGUCGUAUCUCAGCCCAUCUUGCACCUUACCUUGCUCAUUAUGAAAUUGAGGACCGACCCGUGCAGCCUGCAGCUGCCCACUUUCCACUGGUUUCUUUUUGAGCUGGCCACCUUUACUCUGAUAGAGGAAAUUCUUUUCUAUUACUCUCACCGGCUCAUUCAUCACCCUAUCCUGUAUAAGCACAUCCAUAAAAAACACCACGAAUGGACUGCUCCUGUGGGCGUAGUCUCGCUGUAUGCGCAUCCAGUAGAGCAUGUGGUUUCCAAUAUGCUGCCUGUGAUUACUGGCCCAAUCCUUCUAGGAUCACAUGUAACUUCGAUGAUGGUGUGGAUCUCUCUUGUCCUUCUGACCACCACAGUCUCACACUGUGGCUAUCAUCUACCUUUUCUGCCCUCACCGGAAUUCCAUGACUUCCAUCAUCUCAAAUUCAAUCAGUGCUAUGGGGUCCUAGGGGUGCUGGACCACCUGCAUGGAACAAACACAUUAUUCAAGCAAACAAAGGCCUAUGAGAGACAUGUUCUCCUGUUGAACCUCACACCUCUCACAGAAAGCAUCCCUGACCCGCCCAAGAAAGUGGAAUGACCAGCUUACUCUUUUGUCCAUCAUCCGGAUAAACAUGAGAAUCAGAGGGUUAUACGAAAUUUCGAAGGAGGCACUUGAUCAUUGAGAGAGUGUACAAGUUCUCAAUUUCCAUUAGUAGGAAAGAAUGCUCAACCUAUGUUAUGUUCUUUGAAUGGAAUCAAGAUGACAUCUGUAGAACACCAUGUGUCAAAAAAGUGGCCAUGACUGGAUAAAAAAGAAAACCCAAAUUAUUGGACUGCAGUAUUGUAGAGGUGAGGUUGACUGUACUUACAGAAAACCAAUUACUAUCACAACAUUCAGAAAUACCCCUAGUCAAACACAGAAACAAAUUUAAGGGCUGUUCCACUCUCAGAAAAAAGUAGUUGGCCUUGGCAGAGUUGGUUCAUGUAUAACAGCUGCAAAGCAUGGAUAAUCUACCUGAUUUGCUGUUGCUUUUUUGAGCAUUCAGCCCCUAAAUGGGACACUACAGGUUGAACAAGUCACAGUUAAUCUGGCUACUAAUUGCAGGUUAACUGUAUUGGGAUGUAAAAUAAAUCCUAGUCACAAAGGUACUAUAAAAAUCACCUUUUUGCUGAGUGACAGGGCAACUGUAGAAAUGGGAGUAAAGGCAUAAAUCUUCAGGUACCACCCCUCUGUCAAAGACUUCCAGGAAAGAGAUGGCUGAAUGAAGAACUAGUUAGCACAACCAGAGAGAUCUCUAUGGGGUCCAUCCCCUUAUACCAAGAAAAACUGCAAUUAGUAGUGGUACUCAUUUGGUGACCAUAGCACAAAAGACAAAUGGAUCUAGUAACAUAACUGGAAAGCACUUGUGCUUUGCUUUCAUGUUUGGCCCUCAUACAUUCACAUUUCAAAUUGAGCAAAAAACACCUAUGUUAAAAAUAGCCCUAACACAAAAAUAACUCAUUUUGGCAAAAGGCUGGAGUUAGACCGCUUUGACAUUCAAGUUUCUAUCCCUAGGGAAUUUCUUAGGGAGGUCCAUUAACAUACAAGAGUCUCCAACUACAGUCUGAAGUGGUAUUUGAGUUAAUUCUGGGGGGAAAUGACUGAAAUAACUCUGGCAGCCAGCAAUCUUACUGAGGUGAGAAAGCAACAAGGCAUUAAAACUUGGAGUUGCCACUAAAUAUAAAAGCUGGAUGUUAAGCUCCAUCAUGCUGGCAAAAUUGUGGCCCACUUACUGGUGCUGGUGUGUAUCAUCACAUUUCCCUGUCCCAUAUUCCACAUCUGUGAUUGGUCAAAGAAAAAUAGAAAUGAAAGCAUACAAACUA